UUGUGAAGAGUACAUAAUAUACAAUUUAUAAAUGUCAGACAGAAAAAAAAUCACCUCAAUUCAGGCAACAAUUAUUCUAAAAAAAGUUAAUAAAUAAUUGUAAGAUUAAUAUUCUUUGCAUUAGUUUCUUUAUAUAACCAAAAAAAUCACAUUAAAUUCUAUUUGAAAAAUUCCUAAUAAAAUUCAAUUUAAAUGGUAGCAAAACAAUGAAGAACUCGACAUUCAGAAACUCUCUACAGGUAGUUUAACCACUACAUCAAACUCUAGUCUUUGUACAUAUUAUUAAUUAGUGCAUAUACCUAAUCCAAGAUGCGCGUAGUAGCGUUAGUUAGCGGCGGAAAAGAUAGCACUUAUAAUAUGAUGCAGUGUAUAGCAGCGGGUCACGAGAUAGUUGCUUUAGCAAAUUUAGUACCUCAUAACAAAACCGAGAUCGAUAGUUAUAUGUACCAAAGUGUGGGUCAUGAAGCAAUUGAUUUAAUAGCUGAAGCAAUAGAUUUGCCACUUUUUAGAAAAGAAACGCUUGGAAUUUCAAAAAAAAGGGGCAAAACUUACGACCCUUGUGAAGAUGAUGAAGUUGAAGAUCUCUUUAUACUGCUCCAGGAGAUUCAACAAAAAAUUGAGUUUAAUGCGGUGUCCGUUGGUGCAAUUUUAAGUGAUUAUCAAAGAGUACGAGUUGAGAACGUUUGUGGAAGAUUGAAUCUAACCCCUUUGGCCUAUCUCUGGCAACGAAACCAGAGAGAAUUGCUUGAUGAAAUGAUAAAAUGUGAAGUUGAUGCCAUAAUAAUAAAGACGGCAUCUUUGGGUCUGGAACCUAAACAUCUGGGGCGCAGCUUAAGUUUAUUGCAACCCCACUUAUUUGCUAUGAACGAGAAAUAUGGCCUUAAUGUGUGUGGAGAAGGAGGAGAAUAUGAGACCAUGACUUUAGAUUGUCCACUCUUUAGCAGUAGGCUUGUUGUGGGCGAUUUUGAGACUGUGAUGCACCAUAAUGAUCCUAUAGCUCCUGUUGGAUUUCUCAAAUUGAAUUCACUGAGUUUGGAGUUUAAGUUGCCCGCCCUAGAUUUAAAAGACCGUUUAGACGGAUUACCACUAAAGGAUAGUUAUGGAUACGUUACUGAAAGCAAUGAAGACGAAACGUUUGAAAUAACCGAUGAUGAUCCAGAUUCGGAGCAUAGCGAAUCCGCUUUGGAAAGCGAUCUUCCCGAUAACCGCAAAUGCCUUAUUAAACAAAGUGCAAAAUUCGGUUUUAGUAAUGGAGGAUGGUUGUGGUUAGGAGGAAUUCAAGGAGACUCGGACAGCCCCGCUGACGCCUUGGAACAAGCCAUAAGUAAACUAAAGUUUAUGCUAAAAACCCACAGCCAUACACUGGAAGACGUAUGUGCAGUAACUUUAUACAUCAGCGACAUGUCCCAGUUUCUACAUUUAAAUGAGAUUUACGUAAAAAACUUUAACUUCGUUAACCCUCCAACAAGAGCGUGUGUCCAAGUUCCUAUCAAUUGCCCGGUUAUUAUGGAAGCUUUAUCCUGGAAGAAUAUAGAAAUCGGUGGUGACCCAGACAUAGAAAGGUAUACGUUGCAUGUUCAAAGCAUAUCACAUUGGGCACCUUGUAACAUAGGCCCAUACAGCCAAGCUACCAAAGUAGGAGAUUUUAUCAAUUUGGCUGGCCAGAUCGCUCUGGUGCCCGGUAAUUUACAGAUGGUAUCUGGUGGAAUUAAAGCGCAGUGCAAAUUGGUGGUUAGACACAUUGAUCGGAUUUUAAAGGCGGUUGAGAGCGGGGUUAAUGUGAGAGAUGUUGUUCAGGGCAUCUGUUACGUCGCCCAUAGUUCUUUUAUUGAGCCAGCUAGAAAACACUGGGAGGCCAAGACAAACAAUGCUAUAGUAGAAUAUGUAGUGGUCACGGGUUUACCAAGAGGAGCCUUAAUUGAAUGGCAUGUUUGGGCACACAAACACAACAAUCAAUUUGAGUAUGAAGAAAGAGGAAAAUGUAUUGACGAUUUCUCCAUUUCUCUUUAUCGACGUGUUAAUUAUGACCGAAAUGUGGCAGCUGUUGUGUGCCGUGUAGAAAGCAUAAAAACAGAAUUAGACCUUACAGUUUUUGAAGAGGCUUUGAAAUAUUCCAUAGAGAAACUGAAACAAAAUGAUGAUAACCAGUCAGCAUGCGCUUAUAACCUAAAAAUUUUCUUUUCGGUACUUAAAGUGGAGGAUGUUUGUCCAUUAAUUAAUGUAGUGCAAAAAACUGUUUGUGAACCGGAAUUAGUGUACACGUUUAUACCAGUAGUUAAACUGAAAAACACCAGCACCUUCUUAUCAAUCGUUGGAAUAAAAAUCCAAUGAGAUUGGUUUUAUUAAUUUUGCAGAAAAAAGACAGAAAUAUGUAUAUUUGUUAUAUUAUUUUGUUAAUAAAUUCAUUGUAUUUCAGA